AUGUGGGGGGAAUAUGCGAGAGAGCCGGAGAAAGCUGCUCGAGGCGGGGGAGGACGAAAUCGAAUGGGCGGCGGAGUCCGAGGACCGGCGAGAGAGCACGGGGAGACGAGAGGGCGCAGAGGAUGUGGAAAAACUCAUGAGCUCAACUCACGGAUGACACUCAUCCCGUUGGAGUGUGAGGGAGCUUUUCCGGGAUUCUCGCAAAAUAUGCCGCGGAUUUACGCCCUCGCGCCUUAA